AUGACAGACUUUGGCCACCAUCACCAUCAUGUGGGCUCCGCCUCAGUACACAAUCUGGAAUAUUUCGAUAAGGAAGCUGCGUCAUACGACGCUAAGCACCAAAAAACACUUGACAGGCUUAUCGAAGAGAUCCGAGACAGGCUUGAUUUCCUGGGUGUUGAUUGGGUAAAUGAUGAUGACAAUGACGAUGAGGACCAAAACAGGCAAGCUCAAAACAAGAGCGCUCUUGCUCCUUAUACAACUCAAUGUGUGGGCAUUGAUCUGUCAGCAAAUAUGGGGCUUGCCCCUUCUGAGAUGCGCGCAUAUCAAGGGAACCUGUGUGUCCCAGAUGAUCCGAAUCCAGCCGCAUUUUCUGGCCCAGAAUUCUUCAACUUUGACAUUGUCGCUGUUGGGCUGGGAUUUCAUCAUUUUGAUGAUCCCGCGCUGGCCGCACGCAGGCUGGCAGAGCGAUUGAAGGAUGGAGGGGUGUUGACCAUCUUGGAUUUCCUGCCCCACGGCAAGCUAGAUCCUUCUCAUUCAGCCUCCGCGACCGUGACUCAUCAUGGCUUCUCCGAAGAGCAGAUCCGAGGAAUCUUUGAGCAGGCUGGUGUGGGGAAAGACUUUGAUUUAGAAGAAGUCGGAACUGUCUCAUUCCACAUCUCAGACUAG